AUGCGGUCUGCUAAGGCAGUCGUUUCAGAGAAACUUGCACGCCUCGGUUCUCCCAGUAUGUCUUACAGCGCAGGCGGGAUUCGCCCGCAUACCAUCACCUCACUACGGCGCUGGUCUGUAGUGAACAAGGAGUUGCCAGCUGUUUCUCAAAUCCGCGCAAUUCACGUCUACGAUUUCGACAACACCUUAUUUCUAAGUCCCCUACCAAACCCACAAUUAUGGCAUGGCUCCUCAAUUGGGUUCCUUCAAACGAACGACUGUUUCGCAACUGGAGGAUGGUGGCAUGACCCCAACAUUCUCGCCGCCACAGGGAAAGGCAUGGAGAUUGAAGAGCCUCGCAAAUGGGAAAGCUGGUGGAACGAGCAAAUUCUUGGUCUAGUUAGGAAUAGCAUGGAGCAGAAAGAUGCGCUCACGGUGUUGCUGACCGGUCGAAGUGAGGCCGGCUUUGCAGAGAUUAUCAAGCGGAUGGUCGCUAGUCAAAAUCUUGAGUUUGACCUUAUUGGUCUCAAGCCCGAAGUUGGUCCAAACGGCCAACGGUUUGCGUCCACGAUGAACUUCAAACAGAACUUCCUUGAGGACCUUGUUUUCACUUACGAGCAGGCUGCGGAAAUCCGCGUCUACGAGGAUCGUGUCAGACAUGUGAAAGGGUUCCGAGACUUCUUCGAGAGUGUGAACAGAGACCUUCAAAGUGGACCCUCUACCGCCCGGAUGCCCAUCCUUGCUGAAGUCAUUCAGGUAACUGAGGGCUGCACAUACCUUGACCCCGUAACUGAGACUGCCGAGGUGCAGCGCAUGGUCAAUGCCCAUAACCUCGCACUGCGAAACCCUGCCUUGAAUUUAACCAAGAGCCACUGUGGACGGAUGUUCAUCAAGCGCGUCGUCUUCUACACCGGAUAUCUGGUUACUCCACAGGUUUCAAACGACAUGAUGCAGAAUUUGCUAGCUCCACUGCUUCCCCCAGGGCUUGCGGAAUCAAAUGACCUGAAGUACAUGGCUAACAGCAUCCUAAUCACCCCACGCCCAGCACCCCGUUCAAUCCUGGACAAGGUUGGAGGCCUGGGCAAGAAACUAAAGUGGCAGGUUACCGGAACUGGAACCCUGGACAACAAGAUAUGGGCAGCCCGUGUGGCGCCUAUCCCAGCAACGGAAGCAUAUUACACUGAGAACCCACUGCCAAUUGUAGUACUGGCUGUGCGCAAAGGUGCUCGUCUGAUCGAUGCAGGGCAGAUCCAAAACUGGCAUCCCAUUCCGGCUGACAGGGCCAUGACCUUUGACACUGUGGUCGGUGAGAAAGUUGUCCUGCGAGUCGAAGACAGCGGAGAACAUCGUCAAGGAGAGCGACCCUUGAACAGGAGUCAAAAGAGACGCUUCCAGCAGGAGGAUGAGAAUAUCGUCUGGCCACCCGGCUCAAAUACCGAUGCCCCAUCUCCUGGCCGCGGCAACUACCAAUCCUCUCAGCGGGGUGGCGGUGAAGGACGUCGCCAAUAUGAUGAUAGUCCACGGGGAAGAGGAGCUCAUCGUGGUCGUGGCCGAGGUAUCGGACGCGGACGCAGUAACAACAACCGAGGCCGUGGCCGGGGCCGUGGCCGCGGUGAAUACUACCAGUACAGGUCGCUGGAUGACCAUAGCAAUGGAUAUGAUGGGCAAUAUGACGGCAAGAAUGGCCACAAUGGUGGAGGUUCAGGCAGAGGGGGUUACUCUAUGGAUUAUUGA